UUUUGCAAAAAUAUAAAAUAAAUGUUUGCAUUGCUUCUACAUAUGUCUGUCGACAGUGAUGUAUUUUAAUCUGCAAUACCGUUUUCAUGCUUGAGCUAAGACUACGUCAAUAUUGUAGUUUUCAGUGUCAUAAAUUUUUUUCUGAAGAAACUGUCUAAGAAUCACAAAUAUAAGAUAUAAAGCAAAAGAAGUCGAAAACUCUUGACCAAAUGACCAGGAAGGGAUAUAAACACAUUUUACUAUACAGAAGAAUCUCAGUAAAGAGUGUGUCACAUUUAAGCUCAAGUACACCAGCACUGAUCUAAUUUUCCUGCUAUUGAAAAAGCCGUGUCCUAUCCUCCCUCCUGCGCUGGCAGCUCGGGUAACCUUUAAGGAAUGCAGAAGAUGAUGCCAGAAUUAUUUUUGGGCUGAGAUUCAGAUGUUAAAAUAGCAAAAAAGGUUGCAGGGUAGAUUACCAAGGAGAACGCAGACAGUUGUGCUGUCGACCUACAUGUAGCUGUUGAACAGAGAGACCAUGAAAAGCAGCGUUUCCAGCCAAGAUGAACCACAUCUGAAAGGCUAAAGAGGGAAGUGUAAUUCAUAAAACCACCAAGAAGAGGCCCGGAGGAGCCUGCAGAGGUGGAGCAUCCAGACAUGCCCAGAGGCCUCAGCUGCCUGUCCAGCCCGGAGGGGGCUGACGGCAGGUAUGAGACCCCCCCAGCUUCAGAGCUCCACAGGCUGAUGUGGACCAAGAAAGGGACCAGCAACCAUCUGGAUGAGGUUCAGCCCAGGAUCUAUAUUGGAGACAUGUACGCAGCCAAAGACAAGAGGACUCUCCAGGCUCACCACAUCACCCAUGUGCUUAAUGCUGCUGAUGGAAAGUUCAACGUGAACACGGGGCCCAGCUACUACCGAGACACCAAAAUCACUUAUCACGGAGUGGAAGCUUUUGACAUGCCGUCCUUUAACUUGAGUCCCUUCUUUUACCCAGCGGCCAAUUUCAUCAAGAAUGCUUUGAGCUCGCCCACAGGUAAAGUGUUUGUCCACUGUGCGAUGGGUCUCAGCCGCUCAUCCACCUUGGUUCUAGCCUACCUGAUGAUCCAUGAGAACAUGACACUGGUGGACGCCAUGAAAGCUGUCAGUGCCAACAGGAACAUUUCACCUAAUGAGGGUUUCUUAGAGCAGCUCCGAGAGCUGGACAAAAAGCUGCACUGUCAAGGAUCAUCACGGAGCUGGAGUGCCAAUGGACGGACUUAAAAAUUCAAUCAGUCCAUAUAUAUUGAUUAUAUUGUUGCCUCCUGUUGAUAUUUGAGUUUGAAGCAGCUCCUACAAUGAAGAUAUGUAUGUGAAACAUGUUCUAAUUGUCUUCACUUUUUAAGAUAAAUUCCAUUUUUGAGAAGAAAUUAAAGUUUUUUGUAGUGAGAAAUAUUACCUAAAGAUCAAAACCAGCAAUUACAGUAGCUUAUUUUCCAAUGACUAACAAAACAGCUUUGAAAGUAAGGCUCUAGCUGACCUUUUACUUCUAAACAAAAGACACAACAGCUAUAAAGAAAGAGCUGCUAU